UAUAAGUGAUAUUUAAAAAUGUUAGAAAUAAGUUUGUUUGUUGUUUUGGUGUUCGGAACACUUCAUAUUGAAGGAGCAAGAAUUCUAGCAGUAUAUCCUUGUCCAUCGAUAAGUCAUCAAGUUGUUUUUCGACCGUUGACGUUAGAGUUAUUAAAACUCGGACAUGAAGUUACAGUGGUGACACCAGAUCCUAUGUAUCCAAAAGACGGUGCUCCAGCUAAUCUUACCGAAAUCGAUAUACACCAAUCAUAUGAAAUGAUGCAUAAAAUGAUUCAAGAAAAUGGACCAGAAACUGUAUUCGACAACUUAAAUGUGGCUGUAGCUGUUCAUGACUUUCUAAAAACACAAACUGAAUUUGUAGUUAAAUCAAAAGAGUUUCAAGAUUUAUUAUAUGAGAUAAAGACAAAGAAGUUUGAUUUAUUAAUGAUAGAAGCAUUGUUUACACCCAUGUUGGCAUUAACGCAUCUAACAAAAGCACCAACUAUAUUAGUAAGCUCUUUGGGGCCAUUUCUUGGAAACUACGAAAUGAUGGGAGCUCCGACAACGCCAUUAUUAUACCAUCAUCCCUUUAGCAAUAGACUCUAUAAUUUGACUUUAUGGGAAAAAGCAAGUGAACUAUAUAACAAACUGCAUAUUGAUUUUAGUAAUAAAAUGAGCGAGAAGAACAUGAAUGAAUUUCUUAAGAGAAUUUUUGGCUCCGAUAUUCCUCCUUUAAAUAAAUUGCGAGAUAAUGUUGAUAUGCUUUUUGUGAAUUUAAAUACAAUUUGGGAAGGGAAUUAUCCAGUGCCACCGAACGUUAUACAUAUGGGUGGUUUACAUCAAAAACCACAGAAAUCAUUACCACAGGAUCUUCAACAAUAUCUGGAUGCUUCGAAAAAUGGUGUAAUAUAUUUCAGUUUUGGUACAAACGUUAACACAUCUGUAUUGCCUGUAGAAAAAAUGGCAGUCUUUGAAAAAGUGUUCGCCGAAUUACCAUACAAUGUGUUAUGGAAGAUGAAUAACGAUAACUUUCCGAUAAAAUCGGACAAUGUUAAAAUAUUCAAAUGGCUACCGCAAGCUGAUUUGUUGAGGCAUCCUAAUAUCAAAAUGUUCAUAACACAAGGAGGUUUACAGUCUACUGACGAAGCGAUCACAGCUGGUGUUCCUCUCCUUGGUAUACCAAUAUUAGGAGACCAAAGGUAUAACGUAGAGAAAUACGUACAUCAUAAAAUUGGAGUAAAGCUUAUGUUCCAAGAUAUUACAGAAACGAAUUUGAAAAAUGCAAUCUUUGAAUUAGUUGAGAAUAAAUGCUACAAGGAUAACAUGGUGAGGCUACGAUCAUUGAUGCAAGAUCAGCCGCAGACGCCGCUGGAGCGUGCCAUCUGGUGGAUACAAUAUGUCCUUCGUAACGGUGGUGCUAAGCACUUGCGGGCGCCCGCUGCCAAUUUACCAUGGACUGAAUAUUACGAAGUAGAGUUACUUUCGUGCAUAGUUUUUGUCUUCAUAAUUUUAACAGUAUUAAUAUUCUUUGUUAUUAGAAAUUUACUGUCGUUUGUAUUAAAUUUCUCAAAUACUAGUGAUAAGUUAAAGAAAUUGUGAUGUAAUUAGAUUUAGUUUUUAAUAUAUUUA